AAAAUCAGAGGCACCACCAUCAACUUCUCGCAAAGAAACAGAAAACAAGGUGGAGAACGAGGAAGCUGACAACACCUCAGCCAAAAAUUGAAGGGUAAUUCCAAAGCUCACUGUUGAAAGUUUCAGUCUUUCUCUAUUGGGUCCUUACCUUUUGAUCCCAAUUUGAGUUUAUUGGUGUUUAAUUUUCGAUACUUGAGAAUCUCUUUGUAUUGGGUUUUGAUUACUUUCUUAUUGGUGCUUAUAGUUUGCUUGUGUUUUGUUUUCAUAUUUUGUCCAUCUGAGCUGUGCAAUCUCGUCAAGGUUGGAUUUUUAAUGGGGAGCCAAAGCAAUUUGAAAACAUGGGUGUCUGAUAAGUUAAUAGCAUUGCUCGGAUACUCUAAGCCGGUAGUUGUUCAGUAUGUUAUUGGGUUAACUAAGAAAGCAAACUCCCCGGUUGGUUUGGUGGACAAGCUUGUUGAAUUUGGAUUUGCCUCAUCGGCCGAAACGGGGGAAUUUGCUGAAGAAAUAUUUGCAAGAGUGUGUGGUGACACAUCUGGUUUGACGCAGUGUGGGAAGGAAGAGAGGGGAGGAACAAUGUCGGUGAGGGUGGUGCAGCGGAGUUAUGUUCUGUUGGAUUCGGAUGAUGAUGGUGAUGUGGAGAGAAGUUCUGUCCAGGUUGUUUCUCAUUCUGUGUCCGUAAAAGUGGGUUCCAGUGAGAAACGGUUCAGGAAGAGGGGGUUGGGUCAGAAAGAUGGAGAUGAUGGUGAUGAGGUGAUUGCACAGGAGGAAGAGAGACGUGUUAAAAGGCGGAACUCAAUUGAUAAAGAUGAUCAUGAGGAUGGUUCAGAGUCGGAAGAAGAAAGAUUGCGUGAUCAAAGAGAGAGGGAGCAAUUGGAGCAAAAUAUAAGGAAGAGGGAAGCAGCAGCCACCCGACAGCUAACAAAGAAAAAAUUGAGACGAAGUGGGGGACAGGAGGCUGUUCGAAAAAGUAGUGAUGAUGUUGAAGGUUUAAGAAGAGCUUCAAGACAAGAAUAUCUGAAGGAAAGAGAGAAAAAGAAAAUGGAUGAAAUGAGGGAUGAUGUGGAAGAUGAAGGUUACUUAUUUGAAGGUGUGAAGCUCAUUGAAGCAGAAAAACGGGAAUUAAGUUACAAGAAGCAGAUAUUGGAGCUUACGAGAAAACCAUUAGGUCUAGAUGAGGCUGAAAAUGUCACCGAGUACAGGAUGCCAGAUGCCUAUGAUGAUGUGGAGCGUGGUGUUGCUCAACAGAAGAGAUUUUCUGUAGCUUUGCAGCGCUACAGGGACUGUAAUGCUGGGGAUAAAAUGAACUCAUUUGAACAACAGAAAUCUUGGGAAGAUCAGCAACUUGGAAAAGCAACACUGAAAUUUGGUUCAAAAAACAAAAAAGGGGUAUCUGAUGAGUAUGAUUUUGUAUAUGAAGACCAGAUUGAUUUUGUCAGGGGGUUCUUGACGGAGGAAGAUAAAUUUGACAAUGAUAAGCAACUGCAGUCCACCAAAUUACUUGAGUUGAGUGAAAAUAUCUUGAAGGAGAAGCUCCAGGAGGAGAGGAAAACUUUACCCAUCUUCUCCUUUCGUGAUGAGUUGCUCCAAGCUGUUAAAGAUCAUCAGGUUCUUGUUAUUGUCGGCGAAACUGGAUCUGGAAAAACUACACAGAUUCCUCAGUAUCUACAUGAGGCAGGAUACACAAAGCAUGGAAAGAUUGGGUGCACGCAGCCACGCCGAGUUGCUGCUAUGAGUGUUGCUGCCAGGGUAUCUCAAGAAAUGGGUGUCAAGCUUGGACAUGAGGUAGGGUAUUCUAUUCGUUUUGAGGAUUGCACGUCUGAAAAGACUGUUUUGAAGUAUAUGACUGAUGGAAUGUUGUUGCGUGAAUUUCUUGCUGAACCAGAUUUGGCAAGCUAUAGUGUGCUGAUGGUGGACGAGGCCCAUGAGAGAACACUGUCUACUGAUAUUUUAUUUGCAUUAGUAAAGGAUAUUGCUCGAUUUCGACCUGAUUUUAAGCUGCUUAUCUCAAGUGCAACACUUGAUGCUGUGAAGUUCAGUGAUUAUUUUGAUCAUUGCCCACUUUUCAAUAUUCCAGGGAGGCGGUUUCCUGUUGAUAUAUACCACACAAAAGCGCCAGAAGCUGAUUACUUGGAUGCUGCAAUCGCUGCUGCAAUUCAAAUCCAUGUCAGGGAACCACCUGGAGACAUAUUGGUCUUCCUCACUGGUCAAGAAGAUAUAGAAACAGCAAGCGAAAUGUUAAAGUACAGGACAAGUGGUCUGGGGAGAAAGAUAGCAGAGAUGAUUAUCUGUCCCAUAUAUGGAAACUUGCCUUCUGAGCAGCAAGCAAAAAUUUUUGAUCCCACACCUGAAGGGGCAAGAAAGGUUGUCCUUGCCACAAACAUAGCUGAAACUUCGCUGACUAUUGAUGGGAUCAAAUAUGUUAUCGACUGUGGUUAUUGCAAGAUGAAGUCCUACAAUCCAAGGACUGGGAUGGAGUCAUUGCAAGUCACUCCCAUCUCAAAGGCAUCGGCAAGGCAGAGGGCAGGUCGAUCUGGUCGAACAGGCCCUGGUAAGUGUUUCCGGUUAUAUACUUUUGACAGUUAUAUUCAUGAACUGGAUGAUACCACUACACCUGAAAUACUAAGGACUAACCUGGCACAUGUUGUUCUUAGGCUUAAAAGUCUUGGUAUUCAUGACUUAAUACAUUUUGAUUUUAUGGAUCCUCCACCGUCGGAAGCAUUACUAAAAGCCCUUGAACUGUUAUUUGCUCUGUCUGCAUUGAAUAAAAUGGGAGAGUUGACUAAAGUUGGUAGGCGGAUGGCAGAGUUUCCGCUUGAUCCAAUGUUAUCUAAGAUGGUAGUCGCUUCUGACAGGUACAAUUGCUCAAACGAGAUCAUUUCUAUUGCUUCCAUGCUUUCUGUUGGUAAUUCAAUCUUUUAUUGUCCAAAGGACAAACAAGUCUAUGCUGACAAUGCAAGAAGGAAUUUUCACACUGGGGACGCAGGAGAUCACAUUGCCUUGCUUAAUGUUUACAAUACCUGGGCAGAAACAAACUACUCAAGUCAAUGGUGUUAUGAAAACUAUAUAAAUGCUAGGAGCAUGAGAAGAGCAAGAGAUAUCAGGGAUCAACUUAGGAGACUGUUGGAGAGGGUUGAGAUUGAGCUAACCUCAAAUCGUGACGAUAUUGAGUCUAUAAAGAAGGCCAUCACAUCAGGUUUCUUCCCUCAUUGUGCAAGGCUGCAAAAGAAUGGAUCUUAUAAAAUAGUCAAACAUCAACAGGCUGCCUCCAUACACCCCAGCUCAGGCUUGUCAAAGGAGUUUCCGACGUGGGUUCUAUAUCAUGAACUGGUCCUUACAUCCAAAGAAUACAUGAGACAGGUAACAGAGUUGAAGCCUGAGUGGUUGCUGGAAAUAGCUUCACAUUAUUACCAGCUAAAGGAUGUCGAAUUUGCUUCAACCUCAAAGAAAACGUCUGGUGGCAGCAAUUGAGCAAUAUGCCCUUUGAAGUCUAUAAUGUAUUGAUCUAAUUGCAAAUAUUUAUAAUCUUUGUGUAUUCUUAAUCAUAUAGAUGAACAAAAGUAGACUUUUCAUAGUUUGUAGUAUUUUAAUUCUCUUGUUUUCAGAUUUUACACGAUGUGAAAGAGUGUGAAGAACAAGGCAGUACCUUUGGCUCAAAGCUCCAGGCUCUCUUGCCCUCUGUUUGACACAACACACUGCAAGUGAGUUUUAUCUUGAA